AUGCCUUUAAUAGUUAUGUGUGGUUAUCCAUGCAGUGGUAAAACUCGCAGGGCAGAGGAAUUAAAAGUGUAUUUCGAAGAAACAACUGACCGAAAGGUUCACGUUGUGGGAGAUUCGCCACUGUCUGUUGAGAAGAAUGCCGUGUAUGCAGAUUCACAAAAGGAAAAACAGGUCAGAGCUGCGCUGAAAGCUGAAGUGGAGAGGAAAGUCAACAAAGAUGACAUUGUUAUUUUGGAUUCAUUAAACUACAUUAAAGGCUACCGCUACGAGCUUUUUUGUCUCAUAAAACAUGUACAGACACCACACUGUCUCGUGUAUUGUUUGACAUCAGAUGAUGUGAGCUCAGAGUGGAACACAAGCAGAGAUGCUGAGGAGCAGUACAUACAAGACAUCUUCAAUGCAUUAGUUCUCCGUUUUGAAGCACCAGAUUCUAGAAACCGUUGGGACAAUCCACUCUUUAACAUUCUUCAAGAUGACACGCUUCCAUUUGAAGCAAUCGCUGAUGCGUUAUUCAAAAGGAAAGCGCCGCCACCCAACCAGUCCACUCAGAGUCAACCACUGUCAUCUGCAAACUUCCUGUAUGAGUUAGACAAGGUCACACAGGAUGUGUUAAUGGCCAUUUUUAAUGCACAGAAGACAAGUGUUCCUGGAGAUCGCAUUUCUGUUCCAGGAGCGACAGAGAAAAUCGAGCUGAACAGGAGCGUCAACAUGGCCGAGCUUCGCAAAUUCCGGCGCCAGUUCAUCAGCUACAGCAAGAUGCACCCUACAGAGAACACGGGUCAGAUUUCCAACAUGUUUGUACAGUAUUUAAAUAGGAGUCUCCAUUGA